AUGACCAUUACCACGGCGAAGAAUGUUUUACCAUUACCAUUACCAUUACCAUUACCAUGGUAAUGGUAAUGGAAUUUCCACGGUAACAGAACAUAUUCGAACAGAAAGGAAAGAAAAAAAUAUAAACAC